GAAGGAGGAACGGAAAGAGAAAGGGCUGGGCAGCCAUCGGGUCCUCUCUUGUCCCAAUCCGGAUCCAUCCUUGCUCCAGGCCGCCCUGGCACUGCCCGGAAAGCUUGCAGAGGGGCAGCGGGGAGCCCCAAGGAGCGGCGGGCACCUGAAUUACGAGACGGAGAGCUGUAGGAAAGGCAUCCGGGCCCCGAUAGGAGCCAGGGCCCGGGCUGGGUGCUGAGCGCCUCCGAGGGUGGCUCUUCCGAACCCUUCCUCCCCGGGGUCUCGAGCCAAGGAGCCGGAGUAGGGCCCGGGUGGAGCUUUCGGGGGGUGGGGGGCUGUUACGCACCCGGCUUUUGUCUGCAAUCCUCCGGCUGCAGUUUCCCAGCCACAAAAGCUUGGGGGGAGGGGAUGGUUCAAGGCGAUUGGUAAAGCUUGCUUCCCAGAUCCGGCAUAUAAUUGGGACGGGGUGGAGGGGACCUUUGCAAUAUUUGGGGGUGGGAGUUAAUACUCCGGCCUCAUUUAAGAACCCCUGCCCGUUUUUCUUCCUUCUUUUGCCGUUCUUUCUUUUCAAAGAGCGUGGGCAAUUAAGCGACUUGGAAGAAAAAAAAUAUUGGGGUCUGGCCGUCCUAUGGCUCCUUCAUUCCGGAAAAAAAAGGACUUGGGAAACUUAUUUAGAUGAAAACAGGGACGGGGCUGGGUACGAGCGAUUCCUUCCCUUCAAGCCCCCCCCCCCCCCUUUGCAUUUGCCUUGAGAAGAUGAAUUAGGCAUUUAAAAAGAAAUUGCAUUGGGGGGCGAUCCCUGCAUUCUCUCUUAUGGCAGCUUUAAAUGGCUAAGAGCGGUGCCCCCAAUCUACCUCUCAAGAAGACUCUCAAAUUGGUCUGGGACCCCCCUGCUCUUUCCUGUCUCCGGCACCUUUUUUCGCCCUUGCCAUGCUGAGAAUCCCCAAAGGGGGGCCUCCUGCCCCAGGAAGAGGGGGCCCUUCCAUUGCUCCCCCGCCCCAGCAGAAGAAAGCCAUCCCCGUCAUCACCUCUGCUGACCUGGCGGCCUGUAAUCUUAGCAGUCCUCAGAUGCGGGCCCUGCCAGCUACCUACUUCACUCAGGUGUACCCCCAGACUGCUGUGGUCGCCCCGUUGCCCAGGGGCAGCUGCCUGUACGCCACCCCCCAUGGACCUGAAAUCAAAACCAUGCGAUCUGCCUCCACUGGAAAAUUACCGGCCAAGAGGAAGUUGGACUUGGAAGGGAUGGGUCAGCAGUGUAUCCCAGAGUUCCGGACCCCAAAAGGCAAGGGGAGAACACUGCCCCACAUCCCAAGUCCAAAAACCCCUAAAUCGCCCGGAGAAAAGACCCGCUAUGACACGUCGCUGGGCCUGUUGACAAAGAAGUUCAUUCACUUGCUCAGUGAGUCGGAGGACGGGGUGUUGGACCUAAAUAGGGCCGCGGAGGUGUUGGAUGUCCAGAAGCGGCGGAUCUAUGAUAUCACGAACGUCUUGGAGGGGAUCCAGCUCAUUCGGAAGAAGUCCAAGAACAACAUCCAGUGGAUGGGGACAGGGAUUUUUGAAGACUCCUCGGUGGCGAUGAGACAGCAGGCAUUGCGGCAGGAGCAGGCAGACCUCUCCAAGACUGAAAGGAUGCUGGACAAGCUCAUCCAAGAGUGCACACUUCAGCUGAAGCACCUGACAGAAGACGAAACCAAUCAGAGGUUAGCUUACGUAAUGUAUCAGGACAUUCGCACCAUCAGCAACUUCAACGAGCAGACGGUGAUUGUGGUCCGAGCCCCACCAGAGACCCGCCUGGAAGUGCCAGACCUGUGUGAGGAAAAUGUCCAGCUCCACCUGAAGAGCAACAACGGCCCCAUUGAGGUGUACCUGUGCCCUGAGGAAGUCCUGGAGGACAGCCCGGCCAAGGAGAGCAGCUUCCCAGCCCCCUCGCACCAGGAUGGUGGUCACAGUUCCAAUCCUCCGACAGUGAAAGCUGAGCCCGUGAAGACAGAGCUGCCAAACUGCCUCAUGGAAGGGGAAGAUGGCUUCUUGGAGUUGCCCCAGCAUCUCUUGCAGCAGACAGAGGACCAGCUCCCUUCCGCCUCCUACGGCGACGCCGGCCCAUUUGUCAGUUUCUCCCCUCCCCUCGACCAAGACGACUACCUGUGGGGGCUAGAGGAGGGGGAGGGGGUGAGCGACUUAUUUGAGGCCUACGACUUGGGCGACCUGCUGAAAAACUGAACCGGGAUUCGUAGUCCUCGUCUUUGUUUUGGUUUAUGGUGCUACCAUUUCCCUUCUCCUCCCUCCGGGCUUUUCUUGGAAGCUUUGGGUACAAGGAGGCCACACAAGCUGCUCUCCGGUCUCGAGGAGAUCUUUGUCCAUCUCAGCCAUUUUCCACAACCAUCAAGAACUUCAUGAGCCCUUGGGCACAAGGAGGCAAGCGGCCGGCUACCUCUAGGUAGUCUCUUGCUCUGGACUUUCUCCUCCCCUUAGAAAUGGUCUGCAGAGUAGACAUUUAUUCCUCCCUCGUUCUCCUUGUGCGUACAACGGAGAAAGGAGCUGAAAUAGCCAUGCCUUAUCUAGGAAGGACCAGAUGCAUUCUUGCUUUGCAUGGAUUUCUCGUGUUGGUGGAAAAAGUCAGAAGUCAGACGGGGGCACUACCUGUGGAUGGUGGGCCAGUGCACGGUGAAGGAAGUGUACCACCCAGCCACCUGGGGUUGGUGUUACGGCCGAAGGAGUGCUGAUCUUAUCCUGUUCCACCCACCCCCACUAUGGGUCCAGUAGUCAGGGGCUUGGCUGGGGCACCCGUCUCGCACUGCAAGGCGCAGCAGUGGCAUCACACCUCUGAGUGUCUUGGUGAUCGUGGCGUUCAGAACUGCUUUAGUUACAGCUCUGCUUGCUGUAGCCUCCAGAUCUUCCCCUGUUCUGUUUGGAAUCUGGGUGUAACAUGACAUAUAAACCCCACUUUUGAGCUGCAGAACCACCUGUGAGUGGGUGCUGAGCCCCAGUUGUAUAUCAGGGUGAUGGAGAAAACUUUGACUUGGGGAGCAAGCAAAGUGAACUAGGAUUUCCCCUCACUCUUCUCUUGAAGGUGAGGUCUAAAUAAACUGGAUGCAUGAGAUCUGAAUGAAGGAGUUUACACUGUUGCUUGGAAGGGCAUCUGUGCUGAUUUCCCCCCCUGUCUUCAUAACAGUGGGCAUUUCCACCUCAUCUGCAGCUUCCCAGCACUGAAGUCCAGUCUGAAGCCCAGCACUCAGUUCUAUCCUAAGCAGAGCCGCACCCUUCUAAGGCCCCUUCUGCACAGGCAGAAUAAUUCACAUUCAGUCCACUUUCACAAUUGUUUAGUAAAAUCCAGCUUCAAAGUGCAUUGAAAGUGGAUUGGAAGUGCAUUAUUCUGCAUGUGCGGAAGGGGACUUUGUGCAUCAACUUCGGUGGGUCUAGAAGAGUGCACUGUAAACCCUUCUUUCCUUCUAACCCUUGUUAUCAGGCCUGUUGGGCAAGAUGCCUUCCAGUGCCUCCUCCAGCAUGUUGUGUGCAUGAUUGCUUGUGUGUGCGUGCGCAUGUGCAUACGCACUAACGCAGGCAAUCCUGGGAUAGGAAGUGAAGUUGACCCUCAUACUCUUUUAAAUCCCUCUUGGUGCUGGUAGAGUUGAAAGGAGUAUGAAAGAGUUGGACUCCACUUCUGGCAGUAAAUUAGUCUCCCCGAAGGCCACUGUAAUUAGGAUGUUGUGGUUUUUCUGGGUUGUGUGGCUGUGUUCCAGGUAGUGUUUUCUCCAGACGUUUUGCCUGCAUCUGCACAGCCAUACAACCCGGAAAAACCACAACAUCCUAAUGAUUCCAGCUGUGAAAGCCUUUGACAGUACCACUGUAAUUGUCCAUUGUGCUCGGAGGGAGCAAAAUGCGUCAAGUGGUCUCCAGUUGGUGGUAGACCAUCUUCUGGUCUUCAGCAGAUGCCUGACCACUGGGUGCACAUGUUCAGCUAAGCAACCACCCUUUCUGUUCAAAAUCCAGUCAUGUCAACAGGUAAUCCUUUGCCCUCUGUCAUCAUUAGGUGCAGAAGAUCCCAUGGCAUGAGUAGGAGGUGCCUCAGAAGGCUUGGACCCAUUACCUCCCCCUUCUCAAAUGGUGUAUCUGCAAUACCUUGUACCCUUUCUACAAACCUUUCAUCUUCAAGAAGGCACUUGUUGCCUCUGGAGAUUCACAGGGGUUUGACUGCUCAGUUCCCAAUUCAGUAAUUGAGCGGGCAAGGCCUCUUCUCACCCCAUGCUACCAUGACAAAGAAAGAAGCAAAAUGGGGAAUAUGAGCCAUGUUUAGACCAACCUUAGCUUCUGUGGAGCUCUGUUCAGCUUCUGAGAUGCACAGAGCUUUUCCUAAUGGGUUCAGUGCAGCUUGGAAGAUUGCAUGCUUGGUGUUUCAUAUUUAUGUUCCUCUAUUAGGCAUGUGUUGAUUUUAUAGAUAUUUGUAUCGGUCAUUCUUUAUUUCUCUCUUAGGACAGAUCGUGACUCUUAUGAUCAUCGCAGGCCUGCCGCAGAAAAUGGCAUCUUUGCUUCUAGUUUCUGCCCGCGGCGUCUUGUGAAACUUGCAGGGUAGCUAUAUCAGUGACGUGCUAUAUUAGCCCAUUCAGCAAAGUUGGGUGCCGUGGCAGCUGGGAUUACAAAUUUUGUAGGAUUAUUUUUGAAAAGAGGCAAAGCCUAGAUGCCAUUUUCAGCAGCAGCCUCGUGCCUCCUGUAAGUCCUGUCCUUCGAUGAAACCUGCUUUUUGUAACCAAUAGACAUUUACUCAGGGAAGAAAAAAAAUGAAUUGUGUUUUCUCUGGAAGCCUCUCCUCCUUUCAUGCAUCUCUUUAGCGUUGGCGAUGCCUUGCUCCCUUGUGCAACAAAUCUCAAUCAAUUCGGCACUUGGGUCUUAAAUUUAAAGCAUUGCUUGGCCUGAAGGUUUUGCGCAUUUUCCUUGCAAUCUGUUAUAGUUGUCCAAAGUGGCAGCUGUUAGUUGAGAUUUACAGUCCCAGGUAUCACGUUCUGCAGGGAGAAUUGAGCAUCAAAGUUCUCAAUUGGCGGGAGGCCGUCCUUUGCUUUCCCUCUCCCCGUUCCUUUCGUGAUUCUAUCACCUCAAACUCUGCACUGAUUUGAUCCUGAGCUCAGUGAGGAAACAAAAUGAGUAUUUAAAUCUCUUCAGGUUUUGAGAGCUUGUCUAGGUGGGCAGUUCUCUUCCGUGGCUGUUCCAUGGCUCUUCCGUGGCUGUUCAGGCGGCUUCUUGAAGUGGUCCAUCGGCGUCGCUAAAACUGGGAGACGGCUCACGGUGCCACUUUUGCGGGGGAGGCAUUGGAUUAGAUGCAGUGUAUGGGCCCCCUUUGCCAGGUGUGGACCCCCCUCUCCUCACUGCCGGCCCACCCUUUGGCUCUCAGGGCUCAAUCCAAAGUGCUGCCCAGAGACUCAGCUGAGCCCUGGGCCUCCGAACCUUUCUUUCUCGUUCAAAGAGGGCAGGCAGGCCAGAGCAACAGAGAACUGUCAGGUCUCCACAGUUUGGCAAGAUUCCCUCCAACUAUGCCUUUGUCGAGGCCCAGCUAGGCCAACUCUUGGCACCAGCUUGGAUGGCUCACAUCCUGGAAUGCUUACACACUGGCAAAACAUUUCUGCACAUUGAAAAUGAGCAUCGCAGAGAAGGCGAGGCAGCAACCUUCCUGUAUAACGUUCUUGGUGUGUGGGGUGUGUGUGUGUGUUUGUGUGGAGGAGUAUUUCCACCACCAUCCCACAAGUAUAGCCCAGAUGUGAGUCUGUGGUCUUUGAGAACUAGGCUUCUCGGUGGCUACGCUAAAUGAGAAUGGUGGGUGGGAGUGAACAAGUGACAACCCAAAAGUGUUGUGGGGGGAAGGGGAUGUCCUUACCCUGCGCUUUUGUGGGAAUCAGCUUGCUGUGGAGGCUUGAAGAUGUCAGAUCAAUCAAGCCGGAGUGGCUAUCGUUUGAAAAACCUCAUUGCUGCUGUAUUUCAAACCUUGCAUUAAGAAUAAGAGCUCUGCUGAAUGCUUGCUCGCAAACGCUUUUAUUGCGGAAGGAGGACAUUUUUUGGGGGGGGGAAGAUGGGGAGGGAGCAGGUUCUGUAUUCCAAUGGCCUUGCUUUUUCUUCCUCUGUCUGCUGUUCAGUGCAGGUUCUCAGUUAUUUCCUGCAGUUCGAGGAGUGUGAUUUUUUUUUUAAUAGUGGCUGCUUCUUCAGCGAUCCUUCCCUAUCAAGCUUAGCUACGUGAUGACAUCACAAAGCCCGAUCAGAGCAAGGGCAGUGCUGCCUGCUCUGCUUUUGGAAGCCCAGACACGUUUGACUUGGCUUGCAAAGCCACUCCGAACAGCUGCUGAAACCUCAUGGUGUUUUAUGGAUUUGGGAACAAUGUUCUUCUAAGGUUCGACCAUAGGGUUGGGAGACAGGAGGUUUCCUUACCACAUCUCUCCAACUGAAUCACUGCACAACUGUUGUUGUAUUCUGUGUUUCAUUCUCCCCCCAUAAUCAAAUGGGGAAGACUCAAAUUUUCUAGCCUCUUUCUUCAUUUAGGCAUUAUAGCAAUUCUUCUUUCCUUUUCCUUUAUUAGUGGUUCUUCUGAACGUCUUGGGCUCUGCCUUGGUAAUCUCCCUGUUUUAAUGAAAGGCGUCUUUGCAUGGAAUGGGGAUGUUGAAUGCAUGUUCUUGGCUGAGAAGCUGAUCUAUGAAGACAUCUGUGGGGAAAUAUGGGAGGUGCCUUACAAGACAUAGCUCCCAUGGGGAGGGUCAAACUCACGGCCUUCCAGAUGUUAUGGACUACAGUUCCCGUCAUACCCUGCCAGCAUGAUGAUGGGAAACUGUAGUCCACAACAUCUGGAGGGCCACGAGUUUGACACCUGUGGUGUACAGCAUAGUGUACAUUCUACAUCCAGUCAUCUUUUCCUCGCAAUGUUUCUGGUUGUACAGUAAGAGUUGAUUGGCCGGUCCCAGAAUGAUUGCACGGUUUAAGUCCUCCUGUGACCACCCCACUUCAGAAUGUAAGCAGAAGGCCAUAUGACUGAGCAGCAUCCAUUAGUGAAAAUGUCCUGAUUGUAAAACUGGGUCUGUACGUGGAAAGGUUAGGCUGGAACCUUCUGACCUGAAACGCUAGUUUUCUUCCAAGCAGUUUUUGACAGGUUGGUUGGAGGAUAUCAACCUAACCAUCUUCCUGAUGGACUAGCAUUUCACAACGGAGGAGUGUUCGAGACUAGGCAGUGCUCAAUGAUCCUGUUGUCUUAGCUGCAAGUGAUACUGUUCUGAGAAGGGGUCUUCAGAUCUGCUUGAAGGCACAGUGUGGGUGGAGGCCCAAGCCCUACUGGACCCCCAGAGUCUUUCAACCAGCAGUGUUGUCCCUUGGAUGCGCCAGAAAUUUUUAGCAGGAUUUCUUUGACCUUGCCUCUGCUUGGGAUGGGGGAGGGAUCGGAGAUGCGACCACACAGAAGGAGGGGCUUCAUUGAAUAUUUCCCCGGUUCUUCAUCCCAGUAGCCUCAUCUGCCAAGGCAGCGUUCAUCCAUUUCAGCUCAAAUCACUCUGCAAUCCUAUGAAAAGUUACUGCAGUCUAACCCCAUUGAUUUCAAUGAACUUAGAUGGUCAUAUCUCCAUGUAGGUUUGAACUGUCGAUGUCUAAUUGAUCUGUUUUGUUUUGUGAAGGAUGAGGCUUGGAACCAGCUAUGUAACCGAGAAAAAGGUUUGCUAACCUGUGCUUCAGUAAUUCAUUCAGUAUACUGGUUUUUCUCUCUGCUCCCUUUCCUCUAUGGGGUCUCCCAAGCAGAGACAAAGAGUGUGGCCCCAAGCACACCAUCCUUCUCCUGCUGAUACAAAGAACUUGGCGCAUGCACUUGUGCACUGUCACCCCAAAACAAGUGCAUGAGCUACUGGCUGUGUCCACCUAUGUAUAUGCAUCUAGCCUGAUUGUAAAAGUACUCAUUUGAUAAGGAAUGCAUGUUCUGGCAUGUUGUAAUGUUCAGUUUAGAUCUACGAAUAUUCCUCAGUUUGCCACUGUUGAGUGGCAUGGGUGUUUUGCCCACCGGGCCUGUUUCCUUUUACAGCUGCAGAAACAGCUGUAGCUCUGCUUGCUUUCUGCCUCAAGCCCCGUCUGUGCUGGGCGAUGCCACGAUGCCGCAGUACAAGAUGAGGUCACUUGCUGUGCAAGUGUGUGUGGGUAUUGGGGCAGUGGGAGGUCCAGCCAGACUUCUACUACAUGCAUGCAGGGUUGAGAGAGCUCAGUCCCGGGCAGUCUUCCGAGUGCAAAGGUGCCUUUUCCGAUUCAAAUACUUUUCUCGGGUCACCUUUUGGAAUAUCUCCCCCAAAUUGAUUUUUGCCCAGCACAAAUCGUUAGCAGCGUCCCAUAUGACAAGAACAUCUGUAGUUCUGAUACCUUAGUGCCAAAGGAAGAGAAGCAGGUGAUUCAAGGUUUGUACAGGCAGGGGAAAUGUUAAGCAAAAGACUGCCAGGUCUUCCUGCCCUGCUCCCCUCCUCCCCUCCUUCCUUGACUCACAGCGGGGUGAAAGGGGGUGGGCAGCCAAGUCAGAGUGUACCCCAUGGACAUACUCAAACUUUGCACAGCGUGCAUCCGGCCACGAGCAAAAAAGCUAUGCGCUGGCUUCUAACAGACUCAUGCUCUGUGCAAGAUUACAAGUGCAUCUCAGAAUCCUCCUGGGUGGCACACUCCAGUUUCCCACGUCUCAACCCCUUUCACAUGCUUACUUGCUUUCUUCUGUGAAAAACGAGAGCCACCGAGUAGUUGGGAAGUGCCAAGGGUUGCUGGCAGACCAUAUGGGAUGGAUUUGCUUCCUGGUUUUUGUCAGCUGCCAAACCCUAUUUUAGCAAUUCACUGUUCCUUGAUUUGGUGCAGACCAAUUUGAAUUUCUUGCAAAGACUGGAAAGUAGAGAAGGAGGAUAAAUCUUGGAAUGAGGAUGCCUUGAUGUUGUUCUAGGCCUUUCCAAGGACGAAGGGAUAUUUACGGGCAAUGUGUCUUUACCAGUUUGAAAAUAAGCUUCUUUUUUUAAAACCAGCUUGGUUUUUUAAAAUUUCUUUGUAUAAAUGAGUCUUUACCUUUGUAUAUAGAGUUGUGGGUUUUGUUCAAGCAAGCAAAGCUCUGUGGUAUUCAGUUGACAGGAACUGUUUUGGAACUUUGGUUUUUUGUAGAAUAAUUAAUUCUCCAUGUUUCUAAUUGCUGAGUUUGCUUUUUAACCAGCUUCCCAAGCUAAUUUUUUUUAAAAUGUGGGUUGAGUGCAUCAAUGAACUGCAGCUCAGCUUUCAGUCUUAAUUCAGUGCGCUUGUACAAAGGAGGCUGGCGUUGAUUCUUCCAAUAUUUUGUCUUGUACGAGACUUCUUUAAAAAUAAUGCCUUCCAAACAUUUGGCCUAAGCUGCACAGCAGGUCUUGUCUUAAUAUUGUAAAAGUUGUACAUAAUUAUUGCACUGUAUUUAUAACAGGAAUCCUCUUUGACACUGUUCCACUGUGUAUUAUGGGUUUGUUUUUUAAACUGAAUAUUUAAAAGUGUUCUAAGACUUUUUCCUGUGAUGUUUGGCUUGGCCUGGUGGAUGGAAACGCGAGUGGGGUGUGUGUGUGUGUGUUUUCUAAAAAACAAAAAACUUGAGGCACUUGGUUUUUUUGUGAACAAAAAAAAAUAGAAAUAAAGAUUUUUGAACCAAUCUGAAA